AUGAUCACACUUUCGAAUAGGCAAAAGUAGAAUAAUCCAAAUCGCAAAUCUGACACGAAAUUGCAAAAGCGAAAACGCAACAAAAGGGCAUGAUGGAAACGGUUAUGGAAGAUGAAGAGUACAAUUGGAAAGAAGUAAAGCUUCCUUCUCUCAUACCAAUAGUGCCUGAACCGGAACUCACGAAGGAAACAGGAGAACGACGUCGUGGGCGUGAUAUAGUGGUGGCUAUAGAUCACGGUCCUAACAGCAAACACGCUUUUGAUUGGACCAUUACUCACCUUUGCCGUCUCGCUGAUACGCUUCAUCUCGUUCACGCUGUUUCCAGUCUGAAAAAUGAGAUUGUGUAUGAGGUUACACAGGCACUCAUGGAGAAGCUUGCUGUCGAGGCUUUUGAGGUUGCUAUGGUGAAGACAGUGGCUAGGAUUGUGGAAGGAGAUGCUGGAAAGGUAAUUUGCAAGGAAGCAGAAAGGUUGAAGCCUUCAGCUGUGGUUGUGGGAACCAGGGGACGUGGCAUUUUCCAAAGUGUACUGCAAGGAAGUGUCAGUGAGUAUUGCUUACACAACUGUAAGAUAGCACCGGUGAUCAUAGUUCCUGGAAAAGAGGCUGGGGAAGACUCUGUGAUUUAAUGGAACAACUUACUCUGAAGUGAGUCCAUCCAAGUAAUGCUAAUUGGUAUGAGUAGUGGCAGCAGCUGUAUUACUGGUGGCAGGUUCUUCAUUUAUAAUGUCUGUGCUUAUAUAGAAAGCUUAUGCUAUCAUUGAUGUAAAGUAUUUUUAUCUGGUUUUAUAUUGUGUUUUUAUUUUAUGUAUUCAGUAUUUUUAAGUUUGUUUGUUCGUAAUACCAAUUUAUAUUGUGAAUAGUUGCUGAUCACAGUGACAAAACUCAUCUAUUUACACAUUGUAUAUUGUUCCUAAGA